GAGAUGUCCGAGCAGCUGUCGGAGGUGCCGGAGCACGAGCCAGAGGUGGACCAGCUUGCCGAGGAGCCAUCCAGGCAAAACCAUGAGGAGACCGAGGAGCGCCGGGAGGAUGAAGCCAGUGAGAGGCGAAGUGUCCUCAGCGAAGAUCCGGAGGAGAGGCCGCAUGUAGAGCCUGAUCCGGAUGAAGGAACCGUUGUGGUGCAGAAGACCAGCCGCACGGCCCUGGGGAAGGUCUACAAGAGGGCAGACAGCAAGAGGCUUUUGCUCACCAGCCGGUCCUUCACUUCGAGCCACUUGGCCGAUGCUCGGGAGUCAGCACCCGCUGAGCCGGAAACGGAAGCGGAAGCUGAGACCGAGAAGAGUGAGGCGGCCAAGAAGUGGAAGCUUGGCGGGCUGGCAGUGCAGGCACUGGUGCGAUUUCGGAUGCGCAGCCCUUCCCCAGAGCUUGCGAAGGAGGCUUCAGGCCAUGCUGCGUUCAAAGGCCCCAAUGCGCGCGCGCAAGCGGUGCAAGCAGAAGCCGACGCGGCAGAAGCGGAGGCGAAAGCACGCGCCGCAGAGGCGGUGAAGGCGGCUGCAGCGGAAGCUGCCCAAAGGGCAGCGGAAGCAGCUGCAGUGCUGGCCCAAAAGGCCGCCGCAAAAGCUGCAGCAGCCAAGAGGGAUGCGCCCGUCUCGCGCACUUUGCUGCCCCCAGAAGGGCAGAUCGUAGGACCCGUGCAGGACACCGGUCCAGCACUAGUCCGCGUGAGUUCCCCGCGGAUCCCAAAGCCGCCCUCGGCGUCUUCGGCUGUGUCGGUACGCAAGGAUGGCCCUGGGGAUUCCACGGCAGCGCAGUCCUUGAAGACGGGCGCCAGCGUCAUGCUCACCGCGGCCACCAUCCAGGCAGUUAGAUGCCUCGAGCAGCCGGAGUUGGCACACUUCGGCAAGUCUGAGCAGCGCCUGCUGUCGGCGCGCACUGCCAGCACCUGGCUCUCCCACGACAGCUCCCGCAUGACCUUGUCCAACAAGUCUGCCUCGACCGGGUACUCGCCCUACGCGUCGCAGACGGAGCUGCUGAAGGUGGCUUCCGGAACGACCUUAUCCUACCAGAGCUCGGUGGCAAAGCUUUCUACGGUCUCCAAAGACGAGGCCCCCGUGGAAGCGCCGUCGCACGAGACCCUCGAGACCUAUGAGCUGCCGCUGCUGACGCGCCGGGCUUUUGGCGUGGAGACCGUGGUGGUGAGCUCCGCAGGCAAAGUCUUCGGCAGCCCUGGUUGCUGGAAUGGGGGCCUCGGUCGUCAGGUGGGCGAAGUGCACGUGGCCCACGCGGGGCCGGUCUUGGAAGCGCCCCGCAAUCGCCUGCCGGUGCUGUCGGGCAAGUCGCCCCGGAAGCUGGCGUUCUCGCACCUCGCGCGGCCGCAGGGCUCGCACGCAUCGGAAGGCGCCGCGCGCCGGCGGCCCCUCCACGAUGCCAAGGUGUGAGAUGGCCGCGCUCAUCCUGACACUCCCGUCCGAGGUUUUUGCCAGAUCCUGGAAUUGAACCGCCAGCGGUUCGCGCAAUGCGACGGAUCUGGAACUGGGCAUUUCCAAAGUCACC